UGAAAUCAUUCAUUUGUUUUUUAAUUCAACAUCGUUAAAAGUUUGAAAUGUUUGCGUAGAAAAAGUUAUACAUUUUUAUAACCGUAUUAAAAGUCUAGCUGUUUUAAAUGGUAUGGCUAUAAUUUAGAGACGAGACUCGAAAUUGUUUAAAUUGCUGAGGGACCAUGGCUUCAUCGCAAGGAGCGACAACAGCUCCAACUUCAGCGGGAACCACCCACAAUCUCCAAUGCGAAGACCGGGACAACAUUUAUACGGAUGCUACUUCACGGCCCAAGGAUGUUUUUUUAAUGGUUAGACGGAAAAAACUUAGUAUCUUUACAGAUGCUAAAGAUAAUACAUCGGUUUUAGAACUAAAAAGGAUAAUUGAAGGAAUUUUAAAAGUACCACCUGAAAACCAACAAUUGUUUAAUAAAGAUAAUCAAUUAAUGGAAGAUGAUAAGACUUUAGCAGAUUAUGGAAUGAUUUCUAGUAUUGCCAAAGCUCAGUGCCCAGCUACUGUAGGUCUUGCAAUUAGGAUGGAUAAUGGUGACUUCGAACCGCUAGAAAUAUCCCCAUUGUCAUCUCCACCUGAUUUACCUUAUGUAAUGAAGACACAAGAAACCAAUGGUCAAGAGCAAGCCUCCUGAAUUUCUUUUUGUUCGUAUUAACAAAUAAGAAAAAAGCGUUUUCACCAUCAGCAAUGAAUCUCAGCACAAGUGCAGACAAAGAAGAUUAACUUUUUAGGACUAAUUCUUCUUUUCCUAGUACUUAUGAUGGUUUGGAUUCUAAUUUGGUUUCUAUUUCCCUUCUUUCUUUAUUUUUUUAAUUUAUAACAGUCUUCUAAUUAAAAUAAUCUUUUUUCCUUUUGUUUGUUUUACCGUAUAGCUUAACAUUAUUUUAUAAAGAAUAUUUAUACAUUAUAUUUUUUGUUGAGAUAGUUCCAAUCAAAAUGUAUUUCUUUAAUUUAUAUAUUUCAUUUCUAAAGGAUAUCACCCUCAAUAUUUAUCCCGUAUUUUUUAUAUGGGUUCGCUUAGUAUCUCCCUCCUCAUAAAAGUUUAAAAAAAAAGUUACUCUAGAUAGAGUGCUUAGUAUACUUCUAUCUAUUUAUUGAGUAUAAAGUGCUUAAUAAAUUAUCUUAUAUGUUUAUUAAAAAAAAAAGAAACAAACAGCCUAUGGUGAAGUAGUGUGCUCAAAUUUUCAUCUUAUAUUUAUU